AUGCGCUUGACAGUGGCAAUCCUAAUAUCCCUAAUAGUCGCCGCCACAGCAUCGUACUGUGGCAAGACCGGCGUGCCAUACAGUUUUGAAGUCCUACCAAAUGGAGCCCCAGUCCUCGGCUGUGCUCAGCCAUCAUGUGUAGCCGCGGCCGAAGAGCCAUUAGUUGAGGAUUCAGAAUUCUUGACUGACGUAAAUGGUCAAUCCGACGGCUUCUUCAGAGACGGUGAUCGCACGUUGAAGCGGUAUCGUCACGCCAAUGCUCCAAAGCUUAUAGCCAACUGUUCCGGAUCUUUCAACGAGCUGUCCUGCCCUAGAAAAAACCAGUUUGUUGGUGGUAUCGAAUAUAUCGACCAUCCUCGUCAGCCUCUGAUCCUACAAUGUUGUACAUACGAUGCUUUGAAGUUCUCGCAAGAAGUUGGUACCACCAACGUGGGCCCUGGUGAGGCUAUUACUGGUGGUGAGGUUGUGAGAAAUGGAAGACAAAUCUCGUUUGAUGUGAUUGCCAACGUGAGGAAGAUUGUCAAGUCAAGUGGAUCACAGAAGGUCAGCUAUGAGGUUACCGUGAGAAGAAUGAACUGUCUGCCUGAUCCUCCAGAGCCUGAGGUUGAUUGUAGGUUUAAAAUUAAUUUUUUAACUUUUUGGCAAUUCAAAAAUUAAAAAUUUUUUUUUGUUUUUUAAAAUAUCCUAUCAAACCCCAAAAACUUAAUUUCAGUUGAAAACGAAGUCCCAUCUGAAGUCCUCAAGAUUCUUGCCGGCUCCGGUACUCCAGCCGAGAAGAACCAAAAGAAGAAGGAAGGAAAGCACGGUAAGAAGAAUAAGCAGAACGCUGCUCCAACCGAACAUCUUGACAACGCUGUUAACAGUGAAGCUUCAUUGGCUCCUCAACAACAAGUUCAGCAAUCCCAGCAACUUCAGCAACAGGGACAACAAUACCAGCAACAAGGGCAACAAUACCAACAACAAGGUCAACAGUACCAGCAACAAGGUCAACAAUAUCAACAACCACAGCAACCUCAGCAACCACAACAAUUUCCAACUCCAGAAUCUCAGAACCAAGACGCUGCUGCUCAACAACAAGCUCAAGCUGAAUACCAACGUGCCCAAGAAGAGUACCAACGCAAACUGGCCGAGUACAAUCAACAAGUUGCUCAGCAACAAGCCGCCGCAACUCAAGCUCCACCAACCGCCUCAACCUUGUUCCCGACCUUGCCCACUCAUACCUUCCCCACUUUUCCCACUCUCCCACCUCACACCUUCCCAACGUUCGCGCCGUUCACGUUCCCAUCGUUGGCCGUGACUCCAGCGCCAGUAGCUCAGCCAGCGUUCCCUGGCUAUCAGGCUCCAGUGCAGCCGGCUCCAGCUUUCGCUCAAGGUACUAGCGGUGGAUUUGGUCAAGGAGCUGGUGCUCGUGCUUUCGCUGCUCCAACUUUGAGUGGUGCUGAUGCUCAAGCAGUUGGUACUGACGCUCUUCAGGCUUCGUCUAGUCCAGGAGCUGGUCAGACUCAAGGUCUUCAAAGUCAAGCUGCUCCAGUCAGCGCUGACCAGUCUGGUGCUUCUCAAACUGGCCCAGUUGCUCAACCAGCCGGUUCUCAACCAGCUGCUCCAUCAACUUUAACUGGCUUUCCACAAGGCCCAGCCGGCUCAUUGCCAGGCCUACCAGCUCUGCCAACUGUGAGCGCUACAGUAGCUCCAUUCCCAACUUUCAGCCCACUGCCAGGACUUGGUGGACCAGCUGCACCAGGCCUGUCUGGAGCUGGUAGUCUACCAACCUUCCCCACUCUGCCUCCACCAGCCGGUUUCCCAACUGUCGCACCGGCUGUCACUCCACAACUGCCAACUGGCGUUGCUGAUGCAAGCCGUGCCGCCGCUAUGGGUACUAUCUUGAACCAGUUCCAGGGCGGCUACAGACCUAUUGAAGUACCUGGCUUGGGCGUUAUUGGCUAUGGUAGCAGCCCUUAA